UCAGUCGCAAUCGAGCGCUCAGCGGUUGAACGUUGAGUGUUGUUGCCAACUGAAACUGAAAAGAAACGAACGCAAGUCGCAGUCGCAGUCACAGUCACCGUGAACACAGUGAACAGUGAACAGUGAAGCAGUCACUGUGCUCAAACGUUUGUCGUCGUCGCGUGCUUUUUACGUGCUUGUAUUCGAGCCAAAAACAGCAACAACAACAACAAUAACAGCGACAGCAAUUUGAAAUAUUGCUUACACUCGCAGAACGCAAAUCAGUUGAACAAAUGAACUGAGGGAAACGGCAAUACUAUUGACAAACAGUGCGAACGAAAGAGAUAGCGAGUGAGGGAGAGUGGGAGAAAUGUGAACAUUUUGUGCAAAUAUUAAGUUGCAUGUGCAAUGACUUUAUUUGUGUCAUCAUCAAACUCCCCAACUUCAAAUCAACGUCAAGCGUUUUGUUGAACUAUCCACAACAACAACAACAACAAUCGAAGUGGACAACAGCAGCAACAGCAACAAGAUUGACAUUGAAAUUGAAAUCGAACGACACAGAGCAAGCAAAACAAGUCAUCACGCAUACGCAGCGUAUGACGACAACGACGACGACGAUUGCGGAGUCGAGAGUCAACAAACAACAACAAACAACAAAACAACAAAACUCGUGUUAAUUGAUCCUCGCUUCGCAUCGUAUCGCAUCGCUUGAUGGUGUCUGACAAUUUGCGAGCAAAGUUGCAACAGAGUGGCAACUGAAGCGCAACCGGCCAAGAAUAACAAACCAGACGACGAAGACGAAGACGACAACUUAUUCGAGUUGUUGCCACAGACUUUUGUAACAAAAUAAGAGCCGAGGGAGGACAAAAGAGGACAGAGGACAGCGGACAGCGGAAAGGCAACAGCAACAGCAAAAGCAGCGUCUGAUUUUAGAGGCGGCAACAUGUCGUCGACGACAAGACGAAGAAGGAGUUGCCGCCGCCGAGUCCGCCGAUGCCGAGUUGCCAACACAUUUCAAUUGCUGGCAAUUGCCUUCUAUUGCUGCUGUCAAUUUGAGCUGUUGCUUGUUCAGGGGCAACAGCAGGCGACCUCUGGCGGCCAGCAGCAGCAACAGCAACAGCAAUUGAAAUAUCAACAAUUGCAAUAUCAAAUGCAACAGCAAUAUGAAUAUCAACAGCAGCAACACUACCAGCAACAGUUCCAGCAGCAACAACAACAACAACAGCAGCAACAGCAACAUGUAUUGCCAACAGCAACACAGGAGCAACCGAACGAUUUGUUUUCGACACAACCAACUCAGCAGCUGCUACAAACGGGUGUCUCGCUCAUUGUCGACGAUGGCAAAUCGACGCCGGAAACUGUUGCAACAGCAGCAGCCGCAGCAGCAGCAGCAACUGCAGCUGGACGACGUCGACCAGGCGCCGCCAUUGGCGGCAUGAAGCGCAAGCGACGUCCGCAAUUGCCGCUGGCAACGAUGGGCGCCAACGAUGAGGCCGAAGCAACUGGCGGCAGCAACUAUUGGCGUGGCCAUGUCGAGGAUGAACAGCAGCAGCCACAGCAACAGCAGCAGCAACAGCAACAGCGACGCAAACAACAAUUGCCAAGCAUUCGAGAGCCGAUGGCGGCAUUGGAGCGUGAACGUGAACGCGAAAGGGAACGACAGCGACAACAACAAGCGACGGCAGCAGCUGUGAACAACAGCAAAGCCUAUCGACGUCCUUAUGGACAGGCCAAGAAGCAGGAUGCACUGGAAGCAACACCAACAGCAGAAGCAGCAACACCAACCACAGCAACAGCAACAGCAACUGCUGCCAGCAACAAUAACAACAACAAAUCGCCGGUUGAUCUGAAAAAUAUUCUGAAGAAUUCGGGUGGCUUGAGUUUAAGCGAAAUAUUGCAACAGAAGAAUCUGUCGCUGGAUGAUUUGCUCAAGGGCAAACAAAAUGCAUUGCUCGCAUUGCAAACAACAGCAGUGGCGCCACCUGUCGUCAGUCUGACCAACUACGAGACCAAGGCAACGGCACAAAGCGGCAACAAAUUGUUGGUGCGUCGCAUUCCCGCUGCUUUUCUGGGCAAUGAACACGACACAGACACACAACAGCAACCACAAUUGCAGCAGCAACAUCAAGAGGAUUUCCAGUUGAAGCCGAAGCCGAGCAAAUUGCCAGCAUUGCAGCGCUUCAAAUUGUUUGGCAGCUCAUCGCGCGACGGCAGCACAACGCGACGCACGCCGCCAACGGUUGCUGCUGUUGCGACGGCAACCAGUACAACGACAACGACAACAACAACACGAUUGCCGCUGUACAAAAAGCGACAGCAAUUGCGUUCGACUUUAAAGCCGCCAGCAUUGUUUAAGUCCACGGCAGCCACAACAACGACAACAACAACAACAACAACAGCAGCGGCAGCAACGACCACAGCAGCCAUUGCUGCUGAGCUGGAGACAACAACAAUGGCGGCAACAGCAGCAGCAGAUGAUGAAGUCGAUGAGGCUGAGGAAGAGCAAGAACAGGAUCAAGAUUACAGCGAGCCAGUGACUAAAUAUCGCACACCCAACAACAGCAACACUGGCAACACAGGCAACUCGGGCAGCAGCAACUCUGUGUACAGCAGCAGCAACAGCAAUGCUGACAGCAACUCUGGCAACCCAAGCGGUAACUCUGGCAACCCUAGCAGCAACUCUGGCCACACUGUCAACCUUAGCAGCAGCCUUGGCAACUCUGGCAACCCUAGCAGAGAAACAACCAAGCGUCUGCGAGACAAUUUCAUUGGCCACAACUACGAACGCAACUCUGUGGAGAGCAUCGAGGAUGUGGAACUCGAGCUGGCCGAGAAUGUGGUCAGCUCCGAGUCGGCAGCAGUGCCCAGCACAGCAGCAACACACGCCAUCAGCAGCAGCAGCAGCAGCAACAGCAACACUGGCAACAGCAGCGAGGAGCAACAGUUGCUCGAUGGCAACGAUGAGCUGGAGAACUUCUUCGACGAGGUCGAGAGCAACACACAUCAGUCACGCCUACCACCGCCACCGCCCACGCCAGCAACGCGCCAGCGACCGGAGCAAUCGCUGCCUCCGUUGGUGUUGCUGGACGAUGUGGAUGAUCGUACCGAUCUGCUCGAACUGAUCGAGGAUCGACGAUCGGGCAAUCGGCUGUUCAAGGUGCUCGAGCAACGGAACAUGACGCUGGAGGAAUUGAUUGAGCAUCGCAAACGUGGCUCGAGUCAGUUGCAUCUAUCGACGAUACUCAGCGGCGAUGAGCAUUCGCGUUUCUAUCCGGGACAGAAGGUUGUGCUGCAGGAUAACAUGGAUAUUGUGACGGCAUUUGAGAAUUUUCCGCAUUUCAAUUUGAUAGACUUGAAGAGCGUGAAACCGGAUGAGAUCAAAACGGAUUCGCAGGGUUCCAGCUAUUUCACCUCCAUCAUUGACAUCGAGCCGAACGAUAGCGGUGUCAGUGUCGAUGUUGCCGAUAUCACCGAUAACAGUGCAACUGGCAAUCGAGGCCCCGCCUAUGCCCAAACAUCAUCAGCCCACUUGGCCGCCACCCAAACAUCCCAACAGCAACAGCGUGGUGAAAAGUCGCUUGGCUUCUUUCCAUCGUGGAAAAGUCUAGCGUUGGCUUCGCUGGCAACAUCAACAGUUGCUCGCAACGCCAACGGAGGAGGAGGAGCUGGAGGUGGAGAAAGAGAGGAUAAACGCAGUGCUUACUAUUUGCCACCGCCGCGUUUGUUGCUCGACAACAGCAAUGCGGGAAGCAGCUCGCAGGAGCAACAGGACAGCAACACAGCAAUCAUCAACACCAUCGACAUCGAUCUGAGCAGCAAUGGCAAUCUAACGAAAUUGCUGCCCAGCAUCGAUAACAGCGAUGUCAUCGAUACCAUUGAGAACGAGGUGGCGCGUGCACACGAUCUCCUUGACUUGGAGUUGUCCGGACACGGAUUCCAUCGCAGUCCAGCUGCAGCGGCAGCCACAUUGAUGUCGCAGCAACAGCAACAGCAGCAGCAACAUCAUUUGGGCAGUUUGUAUGCGAGCAUGCCGCAAGGCAUCAAGUCAGCGAUUGUGGCAAGUGCGGCCAUUGUGCUGACUUCGCUGGGCACUCUGAUGGUCAUCUUUGUGGUGUGCCGCUGGAAGCAGCAUCGACGUCGCAAGUCCAGCUACCUGAAGACCUACAAUGCGAUGAAGAGCAAGUUGCCACAGUUGGCGCCAUCGAGCGGCAUUUCACGUCGCUCGUCGCUGCGUCAGCACAUGGAGGAGUUGGUUGUCAGCAGUGGCAACAGUGGCAACAACCACAACAACAGCAACAACAACAACAAUGGCAGUGGUAGCGGCAGCAACAGCAGCAGCAACAGUUGCCACACCUUGGGCAUUGCCACCGUGUCGUGCAACACGCCCAUUCACGCCCAUCAUCAGCACCAGUUGUUGCAACGACAAAGCAGCUCGCUCCUCAACGCGCUCAGCUCUUGCAACAACUCGCUGACAGCAUUAACACCAACACCAACAGCAGCAGCAGCAACAACAGCGGCUGCGACGGCGACAGCAACAGCGACUGCGACAGCGGGGGCGUUGGCUAGUGGGCGUGGCGUCGGCUCACUGGCAUUAACACUGCGCAGCGCCCAUCAGAAGCUCAACACCAUGGAUCCCAAUUCGCCCGAGGUGCAGGAAUAUCUAUUCGAUACGCUGCGUAAAUCAUUCGAUAAUUAAGGUUCUAGGUUUUGUCCAUCCAACACCUCCCCAAACAUUGCCCCUCCACACACUCACACACACACUUACUAUGUAGCGCUAUCGAUCCAAGUUUAGGCCAAGAUUUAUAUAUAUACAAAUAACGUAACUAUUAUAAAUAAAAACAUAUAUAUACAUAUAUAUACGCGAGAAGUUAAAGAAGUGCAGAAAGCAAAGUGUAGAGAAGUGAGUAGUGAAGAGCAGAUAAAAGUUUAGAGAAGAACAGAAGAAAGCAUAGAGAAGAAUAUACAGAAGUGUAGAGAAAAGAGCUGGCAUAAGAGUAGAGUGAAAUGUGCAAAAGAAGUAAAGAGAGAAGUGAAAAGAAAAGUAUAAAGAAGUACAGAGGAAACAGGUAAGAGAAGUGGAGAGAAAUCAGCAAAGCAAAUUGUAAAGGGAAGUGCAGAGGAAAGUAAAGAGAGAAGUGUAGAAAGAAGUGCAGAGAGAAGUGGGGAGAGAAGUGUAGAGAAAAUGGAAGAGAGAAGUGUAGAGAAAAGUGGGGAGAAAAAUGCAGAGAUAAGUGCAGAGAGAAGUGUAGACAGAAGUGCAGAGAGAAGUGGGAAGAGAAAUGCAGAGAGAAGUGGGAAGAGAAAUGCAGAGAGAAGUGUAGAGAAAAGUGCAGAGUAAAGAGCUAAGAGAAGUACAGAGAGAAGUGUAGAGAAAAGUGGAGAGAGAAGUGUAGACAGAAGUGCAGAGAGAAGUGGAGAGAGAAGUGUAGAGAGAAGUGGAGAGAGAAGUGUAGACAGAAGUGCAGAGAGAAGUGGAGAGAGAAGUGUAGAGAAUUUUCUCAAGGAAGAGAGAAGUGGAGAGAGAAGUGUAGAGAAAAUGGAAGAGAGAAGUGUAGAGAAAAGUGUAGAGAGAAAUGCAAAGAAAUUGCCAAGACAAAUUCGUAAAGUGAAGUCCAAAGGGAAGUGCAGAGAGAAGUACAGGAAUUUUAGAAUGAACUGGAAAGAGAAAAGCAGAGACAGGUUGAAGGAGAAGUGCGUAAGAGAUAAUAGAACAGAGAAGUGAUAAAAAGAAGAACAGAAAGAAGCAGAACACGACAAAAGAAAACAGGUAAGCACAGAAGAUAAAAGUAGUGAUCAGAAAGAAGAUAGCAAAGAGAAAAAAGAAAACAGCACAAAAGUAGAGAAACGAGGGAAAGCAACGAAGAAACGCAAAGAGCAGCUACGGACGAAGCAGAAACAGAAAUCUAUGUAUUAACAUUAAAAAUCGCAGUGUUAGUUGAUUAAUUAGGCUAAGACAACAAUUUUUUUGUGAAUGUGUAUUUUUUUUUGUGCAAGAAAUGUGGUAAAGAAUAAAUUACUACAGCUACAAUUGAAUGUUGAAAACUGGUCUACAAAUUGAACUUACGAAUGGGAGAAAAUCUAGCUAAGAGAAAUACGAAAAGAAAAGUUAAAAAGAAGCAUAUAAAGAACAAAUCGAUAAACGAGGAGUGAAAAGUUAUCGAAAAAAGCAAAUGAUAAGUAAAACGACAAGAAACUCAAAGUCAAUCGGAAACAAGGAAAAAUAUGGAGAGAAUCUAACAGGGAAAUAAACAAUGAAGAAGAAAAGAUAACAGAAAACUGAUAAGUUAAAACGAUAAAAAAGUUUGUGAGGUUAAGUCCAAGCCGAAUAUGACAAAAGAAUCGAGCAGAGGACAAAAUCCAGGAUGAUCAAAGAGAAACGACUUCUAGAAUCAAAGGAACAAGAAUUCCUAAGAUUACUUCUUCGUCUCAUUUGAAUUAAAUUUGCUUGGUAAAUUCAGUUUGUAGAACAGUUUGCCAACAAACUUAUAGCUCGUACAUAAAUACUUAGACUUUAAGCUCAACUCACAAUGUGUGGCACGUAAUAUUAGAAUUAGAAAAGUGAAAUGGAAAUGAAAAAUCUAACACGAUAAACAAAAAUAUACCCGUAAAGCCAAGUUGAGGGAGAAACAAAAACAAAAAAAGGAAAAAAACACUGCGUUUCAGGGGCACAAAAAAAGUAUUGGAAAUGGGUUUCGUAGA